CCGACUCCUAAUGACCAUCUCGUCCCUAGGCCCGCGGGCCCUAGCGGCUGUGAGCGUCCGUGGAGCCCGCCGGCAGGUACCGGGGUGGAGAGAGGACACCGGCUGAUCCGCCCCUGCGUUCCCGAGGAACAUGCUCUACGGCAAGUGUGUGUGGACGGUGAUCGAGUACCUGGACCGCUUCCGACCCAACAUAGAUGUCCCUGAGCAGUUCUUGCUGGCCACAUCUGAAGCACUGCAGGGGCUGCACCCCCAGAAGCAGGCCUUCAUUCUGGACGUUCUCUCGGGGUGUCUGGAGCACCAUCAGAUGCUAACCAUCGUGCUGGAUGCCUUCUACCUGCGUGAGGGCCGCUUCUACCUGCAUGCCGACUGCAACCUCUUCCGGGUGAUCUGCUACCUGGCCACCUUCCAGCUGGAGGAGCUGGGCUUCCAGAACUUCCGAGACAUCAUCAAGUCGCAGCCUCUGGACAAGAUGUGUAAGUUCCUGCAGUUCUUCUUCAACCCCUUGAACCUGUGCACGUGGCUCCGGGACGAGUGGAGCCUCAUCUACACACCGGAACACGUGUCCAAGCACUGGAUUGGCGGCCUGCUGAGGUGGCAGCCCCAGGUGCAGGAGCUGAUCAGCCACCUCCAGGGGCUCCUGACCCAGCAGUCCCGCUCCCCAAGAUCCAAGGCCAAGCUCACGAAGCCCCGGGAGUUCAAGCUGACGGCCCCCAGGCCCCGCACCAUCCCCAUGCCUGAGCUGGUGCCUUUCAUGGCCAAGACCAGCGCUGUCCCCAAGAGCACCCACCAGCCACCCAGAGAGCAGCAACUGCUCAAGGUGACCAAGAGGCACAAUCGUCGGAUGGCUGAGGAGCUGCUACUGAGGGCAAAUUUGGAGGAGCCACGGUGUGCGCUUCCCAGGAGUCGUAAGGAGACCCCCGUGCAGGACGUCAGGAUGGAGUUGUGGCAAGAGCCAUCACCCAGAAUCCAGCAGACUUCGAGGCUGACCUUCUAUAGGCCUGACAACGUGACCGUCAAGCUGAACACGGCAGCCAUCCUGCGCGAAGGGUCCCUGUACCAGCGGCAGGUGGAGAAAGAGCUGCAGAGGGUCGAUAAGCUCGUGGAUGGAGCUGGGGACUUCUCCGAGUUCUUCAAGUGGCAGAAGGCCAUGAAGGCACAGGACCAGGAGGAGUGGCGGGCGGCAGAGGAGUGCAGGAGGCUGCGGGGAAAGCUGAGCCGCGAGGAGGCGCUACUGGCGCGGCAGCACCUGGUGCAGGAGAACAGGCGGAAAGCAGAGCAGAAGAAAGAGGAGACGGCGGAGCUGAUGCAGCAGUGCACAGAAAGGCGCGUGCAGGAGCAGGAGGUGCUCAGGGAGCGGGUGGAGCAGGUGCAGGAGGUCCAGAAGAACAUCAAGGUGGUGCAGUCCCGGCUCCUGAACUACCGACAACAGACAGUCCAGAAGGUGGUAGAGGAGAGCCGGGAGCUGCUGCAGCGCCGUGCAGAGGAGGCGCGUGAGGAGCAGCAGCAGCGCCGGGAGCUUGCCGUCCAGUUACACGCCCUGGAGACGAAGCCCGUGCGCAGGAACAAGCUCGUGGACCUGACUCAGACCCCGGGGUACGGCCUGGAAGGGGAGAUGUCCCUGGUGGAGCUCCGUGAGCGGUUGGCGCUGCUCAAGGAGACACAGCAGCGAACCGAGGUGGCGCGGCGGGACCAGAUCAUCCAGGACAAGCGAGCCAGGAGCCGGGAUCUGCAGGACGCCUUGGAGCUCAUCGUCCUGUGCAGGGCCGCCCAGGGCCGCAGGGCCGCCUUGAGGUGGGAGGAGGAGAAAGCGCGUCGCGUGGCGCCCUUGCGGGACGAGCGUGUGCGGGAGCUGCAGCUCGCGCUGCGGGAGAAGGCGGCCGAGCGCCAGCGGCUGGAGGCGCAGCUGCAAGUGCCGCCCGCGGAGUCGCGGGCCGCGCGCCCUCGACGACGGGCGCAGCAGGAGGCGCGGCACUGGCUGCAAAUGGAGCGGAGCCUCGAGCGCGGGCGGCAGGCGCAGCAGGCGACGGACUCAGCGUGUGGGUCGCCGCGCCGCCGGGAAGCUGCCUAGCCCGGGGCUUCCGCGCACCCACCGCUGCCCUGGACUCCGCCCCGCGCACUUCCACCUGCGUAGUGUUACCAGACUGUGGGACACGCAGCCUUGGCGUGAGACAGUCAUGUUCAACAAGUGCCCGCGUGUACCAUCGAAGUGAUGUGGGCAUUCUGGACUUCCUUGCGCUGCCGGGUCCCUUCCCUCUGGCACCCCUUUUUAGGAGCAUCCAGAGUCCCCUCCAUGCGCAGAACCCCGUUCUGGACCCGACUGUGCCGGAGCGCGGUGAUCUCGGCACGUUCAGUCUGCUGAGCUGUGGGGGUCAGGGACUGGGGCACACACACAAUGAGGCUCAAAGCAGACACUGUCCCUGCCCGAGGACUUGGGAGUCCUGGCCACUGCCCCUGCCUCUGCCCCCACAUCACUCUCACCUUUUGUCUAGCCUCGGGGAAGGAAGAAGCAGCGGUCAGACCUGGCCGCAGGAGGUGAUCAGGACCUGAUGUUCUGGGUGGGAGGUUCUGACCCUCAUGAGGCUAGCUUUAUGGCAUGGAAAUUCCACAUUCCACGUGGGCAGGGACAUGGGCCAGCUCCUGAGCUGGUGGCGGGUGGGGGGUGCACACCCCAGGAGAGAACAGAGCAGGGUGGGUUCUUCCUCUGCCCAUCCUGGGCAGCAGUGCGGGAAGCCAUUGGCCUAGCAAUUUCCUCA